AUGGAAAGUACUGCUCCAAGAACUACUCUUGACAAAUCCAUUUUUGAUUCAACGAUUAAGAUACUAGCUGCAGCAGUUCCUGUGAAGUUGAUUGGGAAGUUCCAAGGGCAAUUCAAGUCUUUGCUCCUCCAAAUCCCUGCCAUUAAGAAUGUUGUUCCAGUGGAAGGAGAUAAAACCUUGAAACAUCUGCUUCUAGAUAAGGAAUUUGGAACAGAUCCUGAAUCUCUUCCUGAUAAUCUAAAGCAAUUUAUCAAAGACAACGAGAUCAAAUUGGAAGAGAAAGAAAUCAGCAUUGGCUAUGCCAAUAUUUCAUGCCAUGAAGCCUUGGAAAAAGUCAUUCCGGAAGGAGUUGUUAUCCCUACAGGAUUCGAAUCCGUUGGCCAUAUCGCCCACAUGAACCUCAACGAAGAGCAAAUGCUUUAUAAGUAUGACAUUGGACAGAUCUUCUUGGAGAAGAACCCUGCGAUAAAGACUGUGCUCACUAAAGUUGGCCAUAUCGAGAACACUUUCAGAACAUUUAACUUCGAAGUCUUAGCAGGGGAAGAAACAUUCGAGACAACUCAAAAUGAAGAUGGCAUCAAGUUUGAUGUUGAUAUAACAAAAGUUUACUGGUGCUCAAGACUUGGACAAGAGAGAUCCAGAGUUAUCGAAGAGUUCUUCAAACCUGGUGAUGUCGUUUGUGACAUGUUCUGCGGAAUCGGCCCACUUUCUGUAAGAGCUGCUAAAGAUAAGGGAAUAAAAGUCCUUGCAAAUGAUCUUAACCCAGAUUGCUACCAUUACUUAAGAAGAAAUAUUGUUCAGAACAAGGUAGCUGAUUUGGUCCUCCCCUUUUGUAUGGAUGGACGGGAAUUCGUCAAGCAUUGUGUUCUAGAAUCCAACAACCAAGAUGUGCUCAAUAAAGAAGAAGAGAAGAAAGAACCAGUAGAUCCCAAGAACAAGAAAAAGAAAAGAGCUCCUUCUCAAAAAGAAGAGGAAGAGAAGUUGGUACCAGAGAAUGAAACUAUCACACCUAUUAAAAACCGCUCUUUUCUUCAUUUUGAUCAUGUUUACAUGAAUCUCCCCAUGGAUGCAGUUGAGUUUCUCGAUGCCUUCAUUGGAAUAUUUAAUAACGCUAAUCCUGAAAUCUGGAACAAAGAAGACAAGCCUGAAGGAGUAAGCAAAGGAGAAGGCCUCCCUUUAAUCCACGUUUAUGGAUUCACAACAGAAAAUCAGGAUACAGACAAAGCUAAGGAAUACUUUACAACUAGGAUUGCCGAAGUUUUCAAAGAUUGUGGAGGCUUUACUGAAGACAAAAUCCUUAAAUUUCACAACAACCGAGAAGUAUCCAGAGUUAGUUCAAUGUACUGCGUGACUUUCAGACUUCCAGAAGAGGUUGCCUACUACAAUCCUCAUAAAAGACAGAAGACAGAUGAAGAGGGUGAGUAA